CUGACCAGUACAGACGUGUUAGUAAUUUUACAAUCCACGUGUCAAUAUGGACUGGACGAACGAAACUGUGAUGCGAUUCCUAGAACUAUAUCAAACGCAUCCUUGUAUCUGGGACCCUAAACAUCGCUCGCAUAGAAACAAAACACGUCUGAGCGACGCUUGGGACGAUAUUAAAAACAAGUUGGGUGAACCGUGCACCGUUCAAGAGCUAAAGAAGAAGAAAGAGUCAUUGAUGGCAGCGUACAGAGGUUACAGAACGAAGAUCAAGAAAUCGGAAUCAUCUGAAAUGAAGUCUGAAGUGUACCGACCGACGUGGUUCGCGUAUUCGUUGAUGGACAGUUUUCUGGGAACCGUUUAUAAAUGCACUAUACCAAAUAACACUGAGGACAAGCAACAUCUCCAGAGUCAAGAUGAUAGCGACGAGUUGAAUAUUAUCGUCGAAUCUGAUGAAUCGAGCCUAGAACAGAAAUAUUCAUCACAGGCGUCAUUCCAACAUGAUUCUACUAAUCAAGAAUCUAUAUCCUCACAGCUGAAAUCAAACCUGGUGACAUCCAGGAAGAGGCAGUAUAACCCUGAGCCGCAGAAUAAACAAACAGAUCAGGCCAUCCCACAAACUGUGCCCCAGCACAACAAUGAAGAAGACGAUGAAUGCAGUAUUUUCAGUAAACUGAUAGCGAAGAAAAUGCGAAAGCUCUCCGAAGAAAGAAGGGAUUUAAUGAUGAUUAAGAUAAAUCAGUUAUUUUAUUCUGAAUGCCAUGAACACCAUAGACCGAGUUCUUUACCGAUGGUAUCUUUCCCUAUGGGUAACAAAACGUCAUUUUUAACCAGAAUGUAAAAACGUGAUAGCAGCAACUUAUAGUAGCUUUUUGACGAAUCUGAGAUGCCAGGGUCCUUUAUGCUGGUCUUCUAUAGAUGAUAUGGACGUUCUUCAUUCUCAAGAAAGACUAUCCAGAAGUGCGCGACGUAUUAUACGAUAUAUGUGUACCUAACCAGCUAUUACUGGGUGGUACCUAACCAGCUUGCACACAUCUGGUGUGUUGCCGCUCUCAUAAUCCGUGGGACCAACAGCUUUACUUGCAUCUCAAGGUCAAUAGCUAUAACAAACGUGAAAAGAUUCUGAGGCAAAAUGACAGCCUUUUCCGUUUAACAAGAAGUAUUGGAGUUUAUUUCACUACGCUGCUCCAAUGUUGGCGGUUGAGUAUGUGGCAGAUUUCAUCCGACACAUGCAGACGUUUCACUUCAGCCGAGAUGAAUUAUUAACAAUUUAAGCACAUGAAACUUCAGGCGCCUGGGUUUCACGACUGGAUCGUUUCGGCUUAUUGAGAACAGAUACAACCUCAUGAUAAAAUUAACCAGCGAAGUGAAGUAUGAAACUAUAACUAUACACAUAGUGACAUAAUGACUGAAAUUAAUUGACAAAUUUACGUUUGGUGAAGAGUGCUCAUGUACAGACAGCAAAAAAAUGUGUUAA